AAGAAGAGAUCAGGAAUGAGGUCAGCAAAGUGAUAUGAAGUGGAAGAGAGCGGAAAGGGGAAAGUUUGAAGGCUUAUCUCAGUAAUGGGCAGGGACAGUUGAGCAAUGAUGAGUGUGGCAGUCACAACUGUCUUCUACUUAACCCUUCACUACCUCCUCUGGCAGUGGCUCUUAUCAGGGAGCCAGCAGAUAAACACGAGGACAUUUCAGCUAGUAGACACGAGUGGGACAUGGAAACUGGUUUGAUUCCCAACACUGAAUCCCCCUCAUCCCGUCCGAGCUGUGCCUGACACCCACUGCCACUCAUUACCCCGGGAUACCUUUCACAUUAAUGAGUGAGACCUCCACCACUCCUCUCGGACUCUUGCGAGGCAAAACCCCAGCUCGCCUCUGCUCGCCGGGGCCAGUGCGCAUGCGCCCUGCUGACACUCCAGUAAUCCGCUGUUAGGAGGAGAUUGCAUCCCCCGUCCACUGCGCUCAGGCAACCAGCGAGGACGAAUGAAAGCCCCCACCCCCCCAUCCGGGAGAACAUAUCACGGGGGGGAAAUGGGAGAAUUAGAGAACAUAUCGUGAGCAGAACGCGCCCGGGAUGGAACGAGUGAUCAGUGCGCGCACCGGGAUGGAGCAGUUCUGACACGGAGAGCGGACUCGUAUCCGAGAGGCGACAACGGGACUGGGGCGAGGAUGUCUCCUCAUGUAAGACAACAAGGCUCAACAUCUACAGCCCAAGACGCUGGGAACAUGAGAUGAAGCCGGCGGAAGAUGGUGAAAUCCGCGAUUGAGUGCUGCCUUUCCUGGACGAGACCUCCUCGGCUAUUUCCACGUUUCCUCAACCUGCAUGUCGCCUUCUUGCACGGUGCUCCCCCUGGCCUCUGUGUGGAAGCGGACACAAGCCAGCUUUUUUAUUCGUGCGAGAUUCGAGAUACGUGCUGUUCACAAGCGAAAUUCAAAGCACAUAUGCGCGUCUGUCCUCAGUGAUAAGCACGCAUGUAAUAUUCGCAGGAACCUUGGAAACCCUUAAGUAUAGUUUGAAACCCAUGUGAUCCAUGCGUUGGUGCCAUGAUAAUCAGCUAACACUACAUGUCAAACAAACCACUGGAUGUUGCUGCGCAGACCUCAGCCUCGGGGUUUCCUACAAGCUAUCGAUACCCGUCAAAGUGCGUGCAAAUGUUCCCUCUCCUCCCUCGCAGGAAUGAUACUUGUUUCUUUUUCGCCCUGCGCAGACUUGCUGUGACAGGCUUGGGAGUCCACAUUGAUCCAAGCGCAAGUUGAUGAACUCGACUGACUGCGCUUUUGGGAUCAGACAGAAAUUAAGCUGCGUCUCUCAGACAGCGGAAACUGGGAUCAUCUCCUCGUCCUUGCUUUUGGCAGAGCAGCCCCGAAAAAGGGACAUUCCUCUCGGGUAUUCUGUCGGAUGUUGCACGGACCUUGAAGAUGAGCUGUAAACAUUUUUGAUGUUGUGGCAACAGUCUAAGUUUAGAGAGUGUAGCUGCUUUUUAAAACUCCACUUGUAUCUGGAGUUUCUUCAGGUUCAAUUCGGAAGUUCAUGUGAGUUGAAAUCCAAAAUUGUGCAAACACCAGCAGUGGCCUCCUCGCAAGGGUUUUUCAAUCGUGAUUUUUUUUUUCUAUCCAGUGGGAGAAAUGCAGCUGGGCUGUUUUACUGGUAAACUUCCACAGCAGCUGUUAGUCGGACUGGAUGUCUGAAAGAUGACACUUGGACAUUAGCAUACUUGUAGGUUUGCCAACACCCUCCCAAGGAAAUGCAGUGCAUCGAUUUUUCUCCUUUGCCCACAUCGUAAAUAACUCUGUGAAUAUAUUUUGUGUGACUGCUAUAGUUCCAUGCCUCUAUUGAUCCGGAUCAGCUGUUUUUAUGGACCUUGAUGCUACUGGGAUUUCCUGGAUGCCCCCCCACCCCCUCGCUUCUUGAACCUUGAGUUUUCCCCAGGUGAACUGUUUGGCUGCUGAGAUGCUGAAAGACGGUGAACACACACAAUGUUCUCAUGUGCGCAGCUUCCCCAGCUUUUGUUGAGCUUCUGAGCAUGUGCAAAGGAUAAAGGAACGAGGCAUGAGAGCACACAGACUGGGGACAUGUGUCGGAGGCAACGCGGGAGGAAUUAUGAGUGGCACUGUGGAAGAUGUGGUGCAGAGUGCUACAGGCUUAGCGUCGACAAGAGACAGAAUUAUGAGCCUUUGCUGUGACAAAACUGUAUUUUCUCCUCUCUGAGACCAGCCGCUGAAGUGGAAUCAGUGCUCUACACAUGAAAUUACUUUUUCAAUUGAGACCGUCUUCCUCUGUGCACUGUAGGAAAUCCACCCUGCUCUGCACACUUGGCCACCUGCAAGUAACUCUAAUUUCUUUGAGUACCCUCAUCUUUGAUUCCCUGUUGCGAUGGCUUUUAUUUGUUUUUACUCUAACACCCUCACAGUUCAUGAGGAAAUUUGCUGACAGGAAGUUUGCGGCAAAUAGAAACACAUGAUUAGUCUCGCCUGUGUAGUCCAAACAACCCCUUUAGUAUCUUCCCAAUCUGUGUCUCACACUGAAAACGACUGUGGAACCCUUGUCAACCUUUUGUGCUCUAGGGGCAAACGAAACAAGUAGAUCUAUUCAUCAGACUAGUUUCCGAUCGCUGUGGCGAUGGGGAGUUCAGCCUCGUCCCUCACUGCGGAGACUGAGUCGGACCAUGGCUUCCGCAGCACCCCCUACCCGUCGUCACCCCCUGUGGGCUGGCUCAGGAACAGCCACAGCAGCCCGGUGUGGGGAACCACCUUCAUCACACGUCAGCAGCAGCCCCCGCUGCCUCAUCGGGAGCGCAGCCACUCUCACUCUCCUGGCUCCAUGGCAGCAGCGGUGCGAGGCAGUGAGUGGUCGUGUGGACGCUGUACGUUCUUGAAUGCCGGCGCAGCACCUCGCUGUUCCAUUUGUGAGGCCCCACGCCAGAAACCUGACCUUAACCAGAUCCUGCGGCUGAGCAGCACCGAGGAGCAUCGCUGGGCCUGCCCCCGCUGUACCCUUAACAAUCCCCAGGGAUCUGGAGCCUGCUCCGUCUGUGGCUUUGGACCAUCCCUUGCCACUAACACACCCCCUACCACCACCAUAGCCGCCACCGCCAAUGGCCUGCCGUCUGCUCCGACCGAACCUCCAACACCAACUCUCCCUCCCACAGUCCUGCUUGAGCCUCAGGGGCAGCAUCCAGCUAAGGAGGAAGUGCUACGACGGUCCGAGAGUAAUGGAGAGGUGGGCAGCCUGGAGGUGCAGCACUCGGGCUGGGCUUGCCCUAGAUGCACACUCCACAACACUCCUGUGGCUUUGUCGUGCUCAGCCUGUGGUGGCCCCAGGAAACUGUCUUUGCCUAAAAUCCCCCCAGAGGCACUAGUGGUGCCUGAGGUGCGCACGCCUGUGCUGGGAUUUCCAGUUCACACAGCAGGGACUGCCCCACUACUCAUAGACCUUACAGACGAUUCUCCCCCACCCCCUCCCUGUGAUCCUCAAGAACCUCCCCAUGUGUCCUCACAGUCCCUCUCCUCCCCCUUUACUUCUUUCUCUUCCCUCCAGAAUAACCCAGUGCCCCGAAGCAGGAGAGAAGUGCCCCCUCCAGGGCGCCCACCGAACGCAGGCACCAACACUCCCAGUCCCACUUCCCCGUCAACGGCCACUGUGCCACCCCAGCCAGGCCCACAGCGGCCAGCCAAGCCCAAACAUGCCCAACCCCAGGAACCCUCAUACCCCAACAAGCGCCUCAGUAUCUUGGAGGAAGAAGAUGCUCAGCACCACCCACUGACUCCACACCUCCCUGUUGCUUCCACAGCUGCCCCCACCUGGAAGUGCCCUAGUUGUUCUUUGCCCAAUCCAGGUAGCUCAUCUAAAUGUGAGGCCUGCCGAUCAUCACGGGCAGGCGCUGACCUCAUUGACCUUGUUGGCUGCGAAACGGUACGAUUUACCCCAGCUAGCCCCUCCAGCCCAGACUUCAGCACCUGGGCCUGUUCCAAGUGCACCCUGCGCAAUCCUACAGGGGCACCUAAGUGCUCAGCCUGUGGUUCUUCCAAGCUGCAUGGCUUUCAGGAACAGCAGGCGCCCAUGACCCGCUGCUGUGCACACUGUGGCCUCCCAUCGGGGUCUGGUACGGCAUCUUGUUCUUGCACACCUUCAUCCUCUUCAGGUCAUAAAACACGGAAACAGGCCCGGGGCUACCCUUCCUCCUCCCCUGCUAUUGCUCCUUCCAAUUCCACUUCCUCCUCCACCUUAUCGAGCCUUCAAGAGAAGAUAGGACAGUGGAGCUGCCCGGCAUGUACGCUGCUCAACGACAUCAAGGCCAAGAACUGUGCAGCGUGCCACACACCCCAGCAGUACCUCACCCUUCGCAAAGUGAUGAAGCCUCUGAAGAGGAGGGAGAGCAUGCAUGUCGAGGCCCGUCGACGAAAUGACGAAGGCGAGGCCAAGGAGCUUUGGGAGAACAUUGUCAGCUUCUGCAGAGAGAACUCUGUGAACUUUGUGGAUGACAGUUUCCCCCCGGGACCUCGCUCCGUGGGCUUCCCCGAAGGCGACAGUGUCCAGCAGCGAAUCAAAAAGUGGCUGCGCCCCCACGAGAUCAACUGCAGCAACUUCAAAGACCGGAGCGUCAAAUGGUCCGUCUUCCGCACGCCGCGGCCCUCUGACAUCCUGCAAGGCUUGCUCGGAAACUGCUGGUUCCUGAGUGCGCUGGCGGUGCUGGCUGAGCGCCCAGAGCUGGUGGAGAGGGUAAUGAUCACCAGGACCAUCUGCCCAGAGGGGGCCUACCAGGUUCGGCUAUGUAAAGACGGGACGUGGACGACGGUGCUGGUGGACGACAUGCUGCCCUGCGACGAUUAUGGCUACCUCCUCUUCUCCCAGGCCCAAAGGAAGCAGCUAUGGGUGGCGCUGAUCGAGAAGGCCCUGGCCAAGCUCCACGGCUCCUACUUUGCCCUGCAGGCAGGGCGUGCCAUCGAGGGCUUAGCCACGCUGACCGGAGCUCCGUGCGACUCGCUCAUGCUCCAGGUCAGCUCCACCAACCCCCGGGAGGAACCAAUCGACACGGACCUCAUCUGGGCCAAGAUGCUCAGCUCCAAAGAGGCCGGAUUUCUGAUGGGAGCAUCAUGUGGAGGAGGCAACAUGAAGGUAGACGAUGUUGUCUACGAGUCUCUGGGUCUUCGGCCUCGACAUGCCUAUUCCAUCUUGGACGUCCGAGAUGUCCAGGGUUACAGGCUGCUGCGGCUGCGGAACCCGUGGGGCCGCUUCUCGUGGAACGGCAGCUGGUCGGACGAGUGGACGGACUGGCCACAGCACCUGCGUCACGAGCUGAUGGCCCAUGGCAGCAGUGAGGGGGUCUUCUGGAUGGAGUACACCGACUUCAUAAAGUACUUUGACUCUGUGGACAUCUGUAAGAUCCACUCGGACUGGCAGGAGGUGAGGCUACAGGGAUGCUUCCCCAGCAAGGCCAGCGGCCCGGUGACCGUCACAGCCCUUACUGUGCUGGAAAGGACGGCGCUGGAGUUCGCUCUCUUCCAGGAGGGAAGCAGGCGUUCAGACACAGCUGACAGCCACCUGCUGGACCUGUGCAUCAUGGUGUUUCGCGCCUCCUUCGGCAGCGGCAACAAGCUGACCCUGGGCCGCCUGUUGGCCCACAGCAAGCGAGCCGUGAAGAAGUUUGUCGGCUGUGAUGUGAUGCUGGAGCCGGGGGAGUACGCUGUUGUCUGCUGCGCCUUCAACCACUGGCAGAUGAAUGUCAGCGGGACGGGAGGUCCAGCCACACCCAUCUCCAGCCCAACCAGUGGAGCAGCACGGCGGCCCAGCCAGGACUUCCCUGGCUACAUCCUCGCCAUUUACAGCUCCAGACAGGUGAUGGUGGAGCAGGUGGAGGCCAACGCCACCACGCUGGCCGACGCCAUCAUCCUCCUCACGGAAAACAAAGGGGAAAGACACGAGGGACGUGAAGGCAUGACGUGCUACUACCUGACCCACGGCUGGGCGGGGCUCAUCGUGGUGGUGGAGAACCGCCACCCCAAAUACUACCUCCACGUCUCCUGUGACUGCACCGACAGCUUCAACGUGGUGUCCACGCGCGGCAGCCUCAAGACCAUCGACAGCGUCCCGCCCCUGCACAGGCAGGUGCUGGUCGUGCUGUCGCAGCUCGAAGGGAACGCCGGCUUCUCCAUCACACACCGCCUCGCUCACCGCAAGGCAGCCCAGGCCUCUCUGGGAGACUGGACCCCCACGAAAGCCACCCACAGCCCGCAGCUCACGCCAGACAUCGACGGCCUGCACCGGCCCAGGCCGCUAUGACCACCGCCCACUUUCACCCUGUACAUACGCAGACUCCACAUCAAUGAACUGUCAAGACCACUGGAAAACCAGACUGGGGUGGGCGAGUGGUGUGUGCAGCCCUGAAACACAGAGACAGAUGUGUAUUUGUGUGUCCAUUUUUUUGGAUGGACACACACAUGAAUGUAUAGCAUGAACGGGCAGCAUUUAUGUGCUCUCUCCCCCCCUCCAAAUGCUCCGUAAAUGCUGAAAUCUUCAUCUGGCCCUCAUGCACUCUGUCCCUUGCCAAGUGGAUGUGCCAUGUCAGGAAUAAAUUAGGGAAGCGGGCUACGUGGAGUGACAGGGACGUACUCGCAGGACGAUUAUUUUACCAAGUCAUCGGAGAGGAUCCACUUUGAAUUCUGGAGGUAUUUUGUACAAGCGCUGUAUGUGGCACGGAUGUCAGCCCCGGGUUUUCGUACGCUCGGAGACGACCCAGCUUCACAAAGGCCAGGGUGGGGCGCUGUAACUACUGAGCCGUAUGCCUGCAACAAUCGGACACCCCCCCCCAUGUCAUGCACAGAGACAGCUAACAAAGUGGGAUACUUCAGUGGGAUUUAUCUCACCCUGUCCUUGAUGCGGUACUUAAUGAGCCAAACCCAACUUCGAGUGUUACUCUUGGUUACACGUUUUUUUGUUUUUUGUUUUGAAACAAUACACUCAGUCAGUAUCAGUCUUACUUCUUUAAUACAUGACCUUUGUUGCCGUUUUGUCCAUAUUUGUGUUUUUUGAGAUCGUAGAACAAGCCAUCAUUCAUAUCAGUACUGUGAGUCCACACUCUCCAUCACCGCGGUGCUGUCAAAGCGCUCUGUAGCUCAGGACCAAACUCACAACCUUUACAGCUGGCUGGAGUGGAGCAGAAACCUCAGGCUGAUUCAGUGACAGGUGUGUGUGGUAGCUGGAAUCUCUUUAUCUCUGUUUGUUCGUAAAAAGAACCGCUCACUGGGAAGGAGGCGGUGUAGACGGCGGUGUUGUGCUUUCGGAGGUUUUGUCUUGUGGAGAACUGACACACAAGCCGUUUUCAGACAUGAAUCCCGGACAUUUUCCGCACAGUGGGGUCCAGACUUUGUCCAGAGUUUGCCUUUCACAUAUGAAGAAUGCAGCAGGAGAUUCUCUGGUGAAAAACAACAGAAAAAUCUGGUGCGUUCAGGUGAAGGGGGGGGCGCAGCAUGUAGGAGACGUAUAAAUUCGGCUGCAGAGAGAGAUUUCGUUUACAGCACCCGUAUCACCAAAAGUUUUCAAAUCUCUUUCUAAGUUGUCCUCUAUGUGUAUGGCUCCUCAUUUUGUCCUGACAUAUUUGGGUUUUUUUCAGUUUUGCAUCUGUCGCUUGUCAGAAAUGUCUCGUGCCCACUGAAUCCUCCAGAGAAUCUCCUGCACUAUUGUCACAUGGGUUCACUCAGACAUUAUCCAGAGUUUUUACUGGGGGGUUGGCAGGAGAAAAACCUGGGAGAAUGUCUGCAGCAACUAACUCAUAUGUGCAUGUCAGUAAACCGCUACAAUGAAAUCCCCACCUUUGUGCUUUGGUAGACAAACAUCAAAUUUUGGCUUUUUAUUGCUCCAGAGAAAAAAAGACUUGUAUACAUCUUUGUCUUUACCCUCUUAAAGUAAUUUUCUCUCAACCUCAGUUUGAGGUCUAAAUGCUGGAGGCGAGUCAGUUGAUCCGUAUUUGAACACACAUCCUACAGAGUGACUUCAUGCUGAAUCCUGCACUUCUGCAUUGUGACACCUCACACCUCUUUUUGUCUGGUUCUUUCCGGUACAGAAGGUCAGCGAGCACUUUGUAAGUACUUUGCGAGUGCUGGAGAAGCGAGUUGCUGUUUGAACAGUCAGUCUGCCACAGGGGAGCUUUUAAGAGUUUACUCUGGGAGGUCAGGGACCACUUUUUUGUUUGCUCGGGUGCAGCGCCAGCAUCUGGGCCGUCCUCCCGCAAGAAUACACUGACAGCACAUUAGCGACAGCACGGAGUCCUUGUGUAAUAACAAAUCUCCAUUUUUGUCAGACUGCAUGCGAACGCAAUAAGAGAGACGAGGGGACCCCUGAGACGUGUUGUGACACAGAAAACGGUUUAGUUCUCUCUGAGUUUUCGUCUGCGUCGUUUCUCAGGAUGUGUUCCCCCCGCAGCUGUUUCACGCACGCCCCACCCAGUUGUUCGUUCCAAUUUAUCCGCCGUCAGAGCCGUUAGUCAUCUUUCGCUGAGGAUCUUUCACUCGUCACCAUGGCAACGUAGAUGUAGAGGGAGAACUAAUGCGGUACUAUGACAUGUACCAAGUUGACGUCUUACUAUUAUCAUCGUGAAAUGAGAAGAAAAAAACUUGAUAAGAAAAUCCCUGGAGGACUAUGAUAGGACGAUGAUUGUUUUGGUAGAAGAAAUCAUUUUUGUAUGUCGAUAAAGUUCUGAGUCUGAAGAGUUCCUCCGUGAGAUGAUUCGGCUCACGAGUUUGCGACCUUGAAUUGAGCAAACGCUGAAACGUGCAUCGUCUCGUGAGUCGUUCCUGUAGCUGGUGUUGUCUCCGCACGGCCUCGUCUUGUCCUCGUCUGUAGACUUCGCUUCACGACACCUUCAUUUUGUGUGAGAACUACUACAGCAGCGUAACGUUUCUUGAAAGAAACCUGAAGCCGAAGUGACUGUAAAUAAGUUUUUCCAAAGAUACAGGACGUGUAACGACCACUUCCAGAUGUCCCCACGAGUGUGAGUGCGGCCCAGCAGCUGUGGAGCGUCUAAUUUAUUGGUAUAAGUGAUUUGCAGGCCUGUUGUCUAAUGAAUGCUGUUGAUGAUCACUGCGUCAAUGAAUGACAGAUAAAGGAAUGUGAUAAUUUAAGGCUUUAGAUUGAGCCCAGGGGGAUGAGCUCGAGGAGAACGUGCACUGAAACACCUGCAAAGACGAGGCACCUCAUAAUUCAGUGUCGCUGCUGAAUCACUUUACAUUUACAUUGAGAUUGAUUUUUGUUUUUUACUUAUGUUUUUUUGUUGUCAUUAUUGUCACUGUUGCUCUUGCUUGUGUCUUUUGAACUCACUCCCCUCCUGGUUGAAAUUGUGGUGGGCACUCUUCUGUGCUUCAGUGGCGCCCCCUGCUGCUGAAGAGGCUGCUGCCAGCUGGGAAAAAGGUUCGAGAGGCCGACACGACGCCUUUUUUCUCUCUCUCUUCUCCCAUGUCUGGUUUCCUCCUUGUAAAUUGUACAGACUGCAAAUAUAAGCCACAAAAAAAAAGAUUUAAAAAAGAUUUGAAAAAAAUCAACUGACCCUUUUAAACUUGUAAAAUAAAAGACAAAAGUAUAAUAGUAGAAAUUUAAAAAAAUACAACCUAAUGCUGAAAAAUUGGAUCUCUGAUGAAUGUGAGAUAUAUUUUAACGAUCUUUUCUGUGGGAUGGAUAUGUGUAUAUGUGUACAAAACUUAUGUAUGUUUAAUUUUCAAUCUCAGGUUCCGAUGGACCAAAUAAAUUUUUUUAAAUUAAAA